UUGUACUUGUAUUCUGUGAUAAUGUCUCAAAAUAAUCAUCAUGACAAUAUACCACAACACUGUCAUUUUGAAACGAACUUUAAACGAAAGUUUCAUUUUUUAAUAUAGAAGAAACGAUUCAAAUUUAAGUAAUUUCAGAAGAUUUUCAUCACGUCAAUAUGGCUUUAAUGUUAGCAUCACGAAUAUGUAGAGCACCGGUAAUGCAAAAUGUAGCACUUAAACGGUUCCCUGCACGAGACGCGCUUAGGACUUAUGGUAGUGAAGGACGAGAUGCUGUGGCUCGGGAAGCUCGUCGGAAAGCCACAUUAAAGGAGGCUGCAAUGGCACCAGCAGGAGAAGCUGCUUUUACCAUUGGAAAAGGUGCAGUCGCGGGGGGUUCCUUACUUGGUAUUGGGGCUCUUUGUUACUAUGGUAUAGGGUUAGGGAAAGGAGUAAGUGCCUUUGAACAGUCGCAUUUGUGGCCCCAGUAUGUUAAAGAUCGAAUUAAGACUACAUAUUUGUAUUUCGGAAGUUCAAUUGCAGUUACAGCCGCAAGUGCUGUAGCUGCUUUUCGUUCUCCAAUCAUAAUGAAUUUAGUCUCAAGGAAUGGGUUUAUUGGAGUGGCUGUCAGUUUGGCAGCUAUUAUUGGAACAGGUAUGAUUGCACAAGGAAUCGAAUAUCAAGAGGGACUUGGAGCAAAACAAAUGGCUUGGCUUCUUCAUGCUGGAGUAAUGGGAGCUGUGUUAGCACCUAUUUGUUUCCUAGGUGGACCAAUUUUGAUUCGUGCAGCUUGGUAUACUGCAGGGAUUGUAGGUGGGCUCAGUACAGUGGCAGUUUGUGCUCCCAGUGAGAAGUUUCUCUACAUGGGAGGUCCCCUGGCUAUGGGACUGGGUGUAGUUUUCUUUAGCUCAUUGGGCUCAGUUUUCUUGCCCCCUACCACGGCAUUGGGAGCUGGGCUUUAUUCAAUAUCUCUUUAUGGUGGUCUUUUGCUAUUUUCUGCUUUCUUGCUAUAUGACACCCAAAGAAUUAUCGCUCAGGCUGAGAGAUAUCCUCAACAUCCAGAAUUACAUGGGGUCAGGCCUUAUGAUCCCAUAAAUAGCGCCAUUUCUAUUUAUUUGGACACAUUAAACAUAUUUAUCAGGAUAGCAACCAUGUUGGCAAUGGGUCAGAAUAGACGAAAAUAAAAACAACAGAUGUGGCGAUUUUCGUUCAUUCUUAUUUAAUUAAUAUUUUAUUAUACAUUAACCUAUUAUAAAAUGUUGUAUUGAUUAGAAGAGAGUCUUAACAAAAAAAUGUUUUGCUACUUUACCUCUUUCCGAUUGUCUUGAUAUAGUAGUACUAUAUUUAAUUCAUUUAUUGUACUUCUAUUUUUUUUGUAAUGAAAAAAUUUGGGUAUUGAAGUGUACAUAUUAGGUAUUAGAUUAAGUUGUUUUUUAUCGCAUAGUAGAUCUAUUUUGUGGAUGCUCAGAAUAAAGUAUUGC